AUGUCAACGGCUCCGCAUCCACUCCCAACAUCAGCUCCGUCACCCUCCUUGGGCCAAACGGAGACCAAUGCACCGGCGCUGAGUGUGCACGAUCGCCUUGCGCAGCUUGAGCGCCUUGUCUUGCAUCUGAGACCGAACUCGAUCAAUACGGCCCACCCUGGAGCAACAUCCGACUCCUCUCGCGCCGAUCCACCGGAUACGGCAAAAGGGGAUAGGCUAGUUGAUGAACGCUCUGAGUGCGGAAGCAUGCGCGUUAGUCCCUCAGAGCUCAGCUAUGUCGGUGUGGACCACUGGGCCGCGAUUCUAGAUAACAUCGCGGAUCUGAGGGAUCAUUUCGACCGGGAGGAGCAUCUUAGGCUCGCCAAUACCCCUGACAAACAUCUGGAUAACGACAAUGGGAGUGGGGGAAGACCACCGCCGCGUCAUGCGCUGCUUCUGUAUGGAUGUCGUCAGCCAACUUCGCGGGCUGAAAUUCUCGCCGCAUUGCCGCCAAAGGACGCAGUAGAUCGCUAUAUCUCACGCUACUUCAACCGCGUAGAUUUGGUUGCUUCAUCCGUUGUUCAUGGCCCUAGCUUUCUGCGAGAGUAUGCGGCCUUCUGGACGGACUCAUGUAGCGUAUCAAUUGUAUGGAUCGGCCUUCUCUUCAGCAUGAUGUGUCUCGCUCUCCUGGCCUCGGACGACGCUGAUGCUAUGCCCGGCACCGAAGCGGAGCAGCAGUGGCUGCAAAUCGAUCUAUAUCGUGAAAGGGUCGUGCAGUGCUUGAUAAUGGGCGAAUAUACAAAUUGUGGGCCAUACGUCUUGGAAACCGUCAUCAACUACGUUUACGUUGAAUUCGCCAUCCGAUCUGACGCCGAUAAGGAUGUAUGGUUCCUACUUGCGCUCGAGGUCAACUUGGCCAUGCGCAUGGGCUACCACCGUGAUCCCAGUCACUUUCCUUCCAUUUCGCCCUUCCAGGGAGAAAUGCGGCGUAGGCUCUGGGCGACUGUUCUGCUGGGAGAUAUUCUCAUAUCAAGUCAGAUGGGCAUGCCACGCAUGAUCUCCGACCGGGACUGCGACACGGCCGAGCCUCGGAACCUUAACGAUGCCGACAUCGAUGAAGGUACUACAGAGCUACCGCCGUCUCGGCCAGAGACUGAAUUCACUGCGGCCCUAGGCAUUAUCGCUCGGAGAAGGAUAUUGAUGACUCUAGGCACUAUACUAGAUCUGACAUCCUCAAUCAAGCCUUGCACCUAUGCGGAGGUACUGAGAGUCGAUGCCGUACUGCAAGAGGCGGCAGAAAAUAUCCCCACUCCUCUGAAGAUGAAGCCUAUGGCGGCUAGCGUCACUGAUUCAGCGCAGGUCAUCAUGGCUCGGUUAUUUAUCAGCCAUAUGAUCUACAAGGGGAGAGUCAUGCUUCAUGACGCUAAGCCGCAAAGGGGAAGUCGUGGCAGCGUUACGGAGAGCGAGAUUGAUUUGGAUGAGGAGAAGUGCCAGUUCUCAGGAGGCCAAAAAGGCAGCGGGAAUUCUGAUCCCUGCCGUGCUGCCAAUGAGAGUGGGAAUGAUGCUACUAUGGGAUUCGAAGAUGGACAGGAGAAUCUGCGGGAGAGAAGGACUCCGUAUGGAGGGGACCAAUUCUUUACGCCAGAUCUUGUGAUUGCGCAGGCUCGGAAUCCCGGUGUCUCGCUGCACCACUUCGGUGUGGUUGUCCGCUUGCUCCAGAUUCAGCACCGAAAGACACUGCAUGUUGUAGUUUCUCCUAACAAGCAGGACGACACUUAG